GUUAGUUCAGCUUCUUGUGGGUAUUUUUGCUUUGGCCUGUGUGGGUCAAGUGUUGGUACUGGUCCCCUAAUCCACCUUGAGUUAGAUUCCUGGGCUGCCAUUGGAUUAGUGUUGAGAACACAACAAUGGGCCAUUUUAAUGCACCAUAAUCCUAGUGAAUAUUGCAAGCACUUUCAUAUGACUGUGGAGAGAAGGCUACUGCAGAAGAACAUCUCAGGAACUUAAUAAAACCGAUCGAAGACCAACAAAUGUCGUCUUCUCCUACAACCAGUUGUGAUUGGAUGAUCCUGCAAGUUGAACAGAAAAAUAUCAAUGUUCGAGUGACCACCAUGGAUGCUGAGCUUGAGUUUGCUAUACUGCCCAGCACCACCGGCAAACAGCUCUUCGACCAGAUAGUGAAGACCAUUGGGCUGAGGGAGACGUGGUUCUUCGGCCUACAGUACCAGGACAGCAAGGGCUUCUCCACCUGGCUCAAACUCAACAAGAGGGUGAUUGCUCAGGACGUACGGAGGGAGAACCCCCUGCUAAUAAAGUUCCGGGCCAAGUUCUUUCCUGAAGACGUGGCGGAGGAACUGAUCCAAGAGGCUACACAGCGACUCUUCUUCCUGCAGGUGAAGGAAGGCAUCCUGAACGAUGACAUCUACUGUCCCCCUGAGACGGCGGUGCUGCUGGCCUCCUACUCCGUUCAGACCAAACACGGAGAUUACAAGAAGGACCACCAUUUCCCUGGUUAUCUCAGCAGGGACAAGCUUCUGCCCCAGAGAGUUUUGGAGCAGCACAAACUUAACAAGGAGCAGUGGGAGGAAAGAAUCCGGGUGUGGCAUGAGGAGCACAAGGGACUGCUGAGGGAGGAUGCCAUGGUGGAGUACUUGAAGAUCGCUCAGGAUCUAGAGAUGUAUGGAGUCAACUACUUCAGCAUCAAGAACAAGAAGGGUUCGGAGCUCUGGCUGGGCGUAGACGCUCUGGGACUCAACAUAUACGAGAAGACAGACAAGAUGACCCCUAAGAUCGGCUUCCCCUGGAGUGAGAUCAGAAACAUUUCCUUCAAUGACAAGAAGUUUGUCAUAAAGCCCAUUGACAAGAAAGCCCCGGACUUUGUGUUCUACGCCCCACGCCUGCGGAUUAACAAGCGUAUCCUGGCACUGUGCAUGGGGAACCACGACCUGUACAUGAGGAGGAGGAAGCCCGACACCAUUGAAGUCCAACAGAUGAAGGCCCAGGCCCGCGAUGAGAAGACCAAGAGACAAAUGGAGAAAGCACUGCUGGAGAGCGAGAAAAAGAAGAGAGAGAAUGCUGAGAAGGAGACGGAGAAGAUAGCCAAGGAAACCAUGGAACUGAUAAGCAGAUUGAAACAGAUUGAGGAGGAAACCAAGAGAGCUCAGGAAGAGCUGGAGGAGCAGACCCGUCGGGCCCUGGAGUUGGAGAAGGAGAGGAAGCUGGCCCAGGAGGAGGCAGAGCAUCUGGAAAUGGAGCGCAGGGCAGCGGUGGAGGCCAAGGCGGCUCUUCUGCAGCAGUCAGAGAGCCAGAUGAAGAGUCAGGAGAGCCUGGCCACCGAGCUGGCUGAGCUGACCUCGAAGAUCUCUCUCCUGGAGGACGCAAAGAUGAAGAAGGACGCCUGUGUCAAGAGAUGGGAGAAAAGGGAUUCCAUUCAGGGGGACCAUGACGAGACGGAUGAGAGCAGCGCCGAGGCCAGCGCCGAGCUGACAUCACCAGGCAUGGUCAGAGACCGCAGUGAGGAGGAGCGCAUGACGGAGGCGCAGAAGAACAAGCACUUAAAGAAUCGCCUUAAGGCCCUAAGUACAGAGUUGGCCAGUGCCCGAGAUGACAGCAAGAACACACCCAAUGACCUGAUUCAUGCUGAGAAUGUGAAGGCGGGCAGGGACAAGUACAGGACCCUGCGGCAGAUACGACAGGGCAACACCAAGCAACGCAUUGACGAGUUUGAGUCCAUGUGAGAGAGAGAGCAAACAAGAGUCUUCACUUAAUCUAUGUAUUUGAAUGUAAGUUACCAUAGUUCUAGUGCAAGGCACAACAGUGCUUUGACCUUGGAAGCACUGACGGCAUUUCCCUAUGGAAAGCCGUUUUAACAUUUAUUAUUUGGAACUUACAUUUCAUUAUUUAAAAGUUACUAGUACUUAUUGUUACUAGUAACUUUUUCAUUUUACUAGUAAAUGUUUAAAAAAAAGUUGCAUUAUGUUCAUAAAUAAAAUAUUUCUUCUCAGUUGAGUGCAAAGAUCAUAUUUCACCAUCUCAAAAAUGUUAUGCGAUCUCUGAUGAUCUCCAUGCAAUACAGACUGCCCUACAGAAAGUAUUGAAUUAUUAGCAAAUUAUUAGCAUAUAGUGGUGGAUAUCAACACGUCUUUGUUACUAGCACUUAUUAUAGUUCAGGUUAUGUUUAUUUGGAAUGCAAAUUUUGCUAUUAAAUACUAAAUAACAAAUCCCAAAUAUAUUUUCCCUUUACUGAAGAGUGCCAUCUACUGGCUGUAAUAUGCAUUACAUUUAUGGGGUUUGUAAUCUGGGUACAAUUCUAUCACUAUCAGAUGUAGGGAUAUUAUUAAUCAUAUGUAACGAUAAUGUUGCUUUUGCUCAUGUUUUUGAAUCUUAAUACAUUUAUGCCUAAUAAUCAUUAGCUUAUACUCUAUGAUGUUAUUUUUCAAUAAGGAUAGUUAAAAGAGGGGAAUGGUUUGAGGAUUGCCAUGUUUUCCAAGGAUGUAGUCUAGGAGGAAUAAUGACGGCAAAAUACUUUGAAAUGUGGUUUAUUAUGAAUCAAAUAAAUAUUAUUGAACAACAGUGAA